UCAAACAUUUCACUGACCAGCCUAAAAGUAGUUAUUCCAAUUGUCUGUCACACUACAGGAGCCACCAUGGUUGCAAAAAAUCAGUUCUAUCAUAUUUCACUAGCAUUGCUUUUCUGCAUGGGAUUCUUGGCUUUUCAAGUCUCGUGUCGCAGCCUCCAAGAUGCCACCAUGUAUGAGAGGCAUGAGGAAUGGAUGGCUCGUUAUGGCAAAUGGUACAAGGACCCUCAAGAAAGGGAAAAGCGUUUCAGGAUAUUCAAGGAAAAUGUGAAUUACAUUGAAGCCUUCAACAGUGCUGCCAAUAAACCUUAUAAGUUAGCCAUCAAUCAAUUUGCAGACCUCACCAACGAGGAGUUCAUAGCUUCAAGAAAUAGAUUCAAGGGGCACAUGUGUUCCUCAAUCAUAAGGUCAACCACUUUUAAGUAUGAAAAUGUGACUGCAGUACCAUCCACUGUAGACUGGAGGCAAAAGGGUGCAGUGACACCCGUCAAGGACCAAGGCCAGUGUGGAUGCUGCUGGGCUUUUUCUGCUGUUGCAGCAACUGAAGGAAUUCACAAACUGAGUACUGGAAAAUUGAUCUCUUUGUCAGAACAAGAACUUGUUGAUUGUGACAUAAAGGGGGUGGACCAAGGUUGUGCGGGUGGUCUUAUGGAUGAUGCUUUCAAAUUCAUCAUUAAAAAUCAUGGACUCAACACCGAAGCCAAUUACCCCUAUAAGGGUGUUGAUGGAAAAUGCAAUGCAAAUGCAGCAGCCAAUGCUGCUAGCAUUACUGGGUACGAGGAUGUCCCUGCAAACAGUGAGAAGGCACUGCAAAAGGCUGUGGCCAAUCAACCAGUUUCUGUUGCCAUUGAUGCCAGUGGCUCUGACUUUCAGUUUUACAAGAGUGGUGUCUUCACCGGUUCAUGUGGAACUGAGUUGGACCACGGUGUGACUGCUGUGGGAUAUGGUCUCAGUGAUGAUGGAAGUGAGUAUUGGUUGGUUAAGAACUCAUGGGGAACAGAGUGGGGUGAAGAAGGUUACAUUAGGAUGCAGAGAGGUGUGGCUGCUCAAGAAGGACUCUGUGGCAUAGCUAUGAUGGCAUCUUACCCUACUGCAUAAUUAUCAAAUUUGUACACUACUAUUUGUAUUUCUAAACUGUGUUAUGUUGUGUAUAACAGUGUAUUUCUCA